CCGGCAUCACCGCGUAAUUCGUCGAGAAAUGCAUGUAUAUCGCGAGAUUGGACGUCGUCCGUGACGUUUGUGUUAAUAGUAUCGCGUGAUACAGCUUAUCGUCAUUAAUAUCGACGCGAGCGUGGCAGGUACUCCGCGAACCUCGUUUCCGCCAAUUUUUUACCGUGUUUAUGCAUAACGACGAACAUUCGCGACGGAACGUUCGGAUUACAAUCUAACGGUAACGCGACGUGGUAUCCGUAAUUACAGUGCGCCCUAACGAAUCGCGACAUUAGGUAAAAGUCAUAAAAAAACCAAAAUCAUCCUUGGUCAGCAAACAUGCCGGAAUUGACCGAGCUUGAUAAGGCGGCGAGUUCGGAGCCUACCAAGGUAGAGUUGGUAGGCAUCGGCUCUGCGACCGAUUCUGACUCAGAUGACACAAUACCGGAAUUGGAAGAUGCUGGCACACCUGGUACUGUCGGCUUCCCUGGCACAACGGUCACUGGCCUGCCCAUUGAUAUGGUAUCCAAAGCUAAACAGAGCCGAGGUGAAAAGAAGGCCAGAAAGCUCAUGAGCAAAUUAGGAUUGAAGCCGGUACAAGGAGUCAACAGAGUCACCAUUCGUAAAUCGAAGAACAUUUUAUUUGUUAUAAAUAAACCAGAUGUUUUGAAGAAUCCAGCUUCGGACACAUAUAUAGUAUUUGGUGAAGCCAAGAUUGAAGAUCUCAGUCAACAAGCUCAAGUAGCAGCAGCUGAGAAGUUCAAGGAGCCACCAGUUAUACCAGCCACUGAAGCUGGUGGCAGCACUACGGUUGUUGCUCCUAUACAAGAAGAAUCGGAAGAAGAAGUAGAUGAAACAGGCGUGGAGGAGAAAGACGUUGAUUUGGUUAUGUGUCAAGCUAAUGUAUCACGAGGGAAAGCUAUUAAAGCUCUUAAGAAUAAUCAAAAUGACAUCGUCAAUGCUAUCAUGGAAUUGACGAUGUGAUAGAGCUGCUUCGAAGCAGAAUAUACAACGUGAUAGCUGGUGUUUCGAAAUCAUUAUUUCGUGUAUAUCAUCAGAAUACGUCGUCCUUUUUUAUUUUAAUUAAAAGAAUAAGUCACAGUAUAUUAUGAAAAAAUGGUCACAUGAUUUAAUCUAUAACUGUCUCGAAAAAUUGAUUCCACAUGUAUAUACAGAAUUCGUGUAAAAGAAAAGGUAAAUACAUUAAGGUCACUA